GCCUUUCUCUUUAAGAGCCUUACGGGCGCUCCUGAUUGGCUGUAGCUAUGCAGGGCUUUCGUCCUCGCUCCCUCGGAGCGCUCCCUCCCGCGUCGCCGGCCCCGCUCAGUUUCCACGGCCCCCUCCCCGGCCGCGCGCCCCUCCCGCCCCGCGCGCGCCUCCUCUUCCUCGCCGCCGAGUUCACCCCGGGCCGCGGUAUGGGGGAUACGCCAGCAACAGAUGCCGGCCGUCGAGAUCUGCAUCCCUAGGCCACGCUGAGCCCCUGGGGAAGAGCGCAGGAGCCCGGGAGAAGGGCUGGAAGGAGGGGACGGGACGUGCGGAGAAUUCCCCCGGAAAAGGCAGAAGCCCCCGCCCCCAUCCGCGAGCUCCGCGCCGGCCGAGCGCCUGCCUGCUUGCUGCUGCCACGGGCGCCCACCUCGCCCAGCCAUGUCAGGUCCGGCCGCCGACGCGGGGAAGGUCCCCUUCUGCGACGCCAAGGAGGAAAUCCGUCCGGGGCUCGAAAGCUCGGAGGGGGGCGGCUGCCCAGAGAGGCCCGGCGCGCGCGGGCAGCGGCAGAACAUCGUCUGGAGGAACGUCGUCCUGAUGAGCCUGCUCCAUUUGGGGGCCGUGUACUCCCUGGUGCUCAUCCCCAAAGCCAAGCCGCUCACUCUGCUCUGGGCCUACUUCUGCUUCCUCCUGACCGCUCUGGGUGUGACAGCUGGUGCCCAUCGCUUGUGGAGCCACAGGUCCUACAAGGCCAAGCUGCCUCUGAGGAUAUUUCUGGCUGUCGCCAACUCCAUGGCUUUCCAGAAUGACAUCUUCGAGUGGUCCAGGGACCACCGAGUCCACCACAAGUACUCAGAGACGGACGCUGACCCCCACAACGCCCGCCGGGGCUUCUUCUUCUCCCAUAUCGGGUGGCUGUUUGUUCGCAAGCAUCGAGAUGUCAUUGAGAAGGGGAGAAAGCUUGACGUCACCGACCUGCUUGCUGAUCCUGUGGUCCGGAUCCAGAGAAAGUACUAUAAGAUCUCCGUGGUGCUCAUGUGCUUUGUGGUCCCCACGCUGGUGCCCUGGUACAUCUGGGGAGAGAGUCUGUGGAAUUCCUACUUCUUAGCCUCCAUUCUCCGCUACACCAUCUCACUCAACGUCACCUGGCUGGUCAACAGCGCUGCCCACAUGUAUGGAAACCGGCCCUAUGACAAGCACAUCAGCCCUCGGCAGAACCCGCUCGUCACUCUGGGUGCCAUUGGUGAAGGCUUCCACAAUUACCAUCACACCUUUCCCUUUGACUACUCUGCGAGUGAAUUUGGCUUAAAUUUUAACCCAACCACCUGGUUCAUUGACUUCAUGUGCUGGCUGGGGCUGGCCACUGACCGCAAACGGGCAACCAAGCCGAUGAUCAAGGCCCGGAAGGCCAGGACUGGAGAUGGCAGUGCUUGAACCCGGAACAGCCGUCCCGCAGUCUGCCAUUCCACCUCGGUUCAUGGCUUUUGUUACAAUAGUUCUCUUGUACAUUGGAUCGUGGGAGGGGGCAGAGGGUGGGGAAGGAACGGAAACUAUGUGGUUUGGGAAUUUUUGUGUUUGUCUCAAAAUAAAAUAAUGUUGAAAUACAAUUGUCUAUGAAAAAAACUUUUUUUUUUUUUUUUGAGACCUGGUCUCCCUGUGUCGCCUAGGCUGGAGUGCAGUGGGAUGACCUUGGCUCACUGCAACCUCCACCUCCCUGGUUCAAACAAUUCCUCUGCCUCAGCUUCUCAAGCAGCUGGGAUUACAGGCUCACGCCACCAUGCCUGGCUAAUUUUUUGUAUUUUUAGUAGAGAUGGGGUUUCACCAUGUUGGCCAGACUGGUCUCAAACUCCUGACCUCAGGCAAUCCUCCUGCCUUGUCCUCCCAAGUGCUGGGAUUACAGGCGUGAGCCACCACACCUGGCCAAAAAAAACUUUUUAAGUCAAGAUUAGUACGAUUUAACAUUAGAAUAUGGACAUGUGAUUUAAUCGCUGUAGCUGAAAUACGUCAACUAUACAUUGUCAUGUGCUUGAACAUGUUGCUAACCCUGACAGGAUGAAGGAAUGUAAUACUCUUUCAGUGUGCUUCAGGAGAGCAUUUGUUUUAUUUUCUGCCAAUUAACCUGGCAUUGCUUUUAAACAACCAUCUGAAGGAGCCGAGAGGCAGGGUAGAAGACAGAAGGCGGGUCUAUGCGGUAACUAAAGAAUGUGUCUGUUUUGUAAUUAUUGCGUGUAUGUGGUUUUUUGUUUGCUUAAGAGAAUCAAAAACUGAAGAAAAUGAGAAUACAGGAAAUGGCUCUCGUAUAUAUAUAUAUUUUUUGCCAUGUUUAUAGCUUGUUAAUGCUCUACUGUCUUUGCUUCCAGAGAGAUUUGUUCACUGCCCAGCUCGUCUCAUGUUCUGAGCCUUAAGCCCAGCCCACUGUAUAAAUCAUGCCUAUUUAGAUGUUUGAUUUUGUUCUGUUUGCCAUUGUCGUCUUAAAGGUGUAUAACUCAGACAUGCCAGACAUCAAAUUAAGCUCAAAUUAAGCUCUCGUUUAAAUGUUUAAACACCUAAUUUAUAUUCUAAUUGAUCCCAGCCACUGAUGCAUGUACUUCAGCUACUUCUGCUAAAUAAGCAUAUUAAUUUUCCACAUCAGGCCGUCAGAUCUUAAGAACCAACAGUUUUCUAGAAUUCCAUGUCUACUAAUGCUUCACCUGCAUGCAGCCUUCAUUGAUUUUGCAGCAAAAUAUAAAGUGAUCAUUAUGUAGCUUCUAGAUUAAAAAAUUGUGUGUGUGAAGUUGCUUUGUAAAGAGCAUGUGGAAUUAAUGGGACAGCGUGCCCUUCGUGUUAGAUGUUAGAGCAAAAGAAAGGGCUUAUAGUGUUGGUAUUGGAGCACUUUGAAGAUAGGUAUUUUCAGAAAAGAUGUAGGAUUUAAAAGUUAACAUUUUAAAUUUUAGAAAAAGAUAUGAUGCCAAUUGGAAAUUGUCACAAUGAAGUUCUUCAUCCAGCAGGUGUUUAACAGUGUUAUUUUGCCAUUGAUAAUGUGUAAACUGUGAGUGAUUUACAAUAAAUGAUCAUGAAUUCA